UUUUUACUGUAUCUAUUAUAUAUAGUUGUAUCUAUCUGUAUCUCUGUUCAUACUUCCAAAUUCAGAAAUCAGAAUCAACAACCUCUCUUACAUCUUCAUCUUCGAAUCUACUACCAUGACUUACGUUUACGCGAUCUAAUUUCAUCAUUUCUGAGCGAAAGUAAUUACAACAUGACUGUCAGCUUUGGCGAAGAGGGACCUGCUAUUGUUCAACUACAAAAAUGGGAACCUUCACGAUUGAAAACGACCAUGGCACAGUUUCGUGAAGCUUUCCUUUCCCCAACCAGGGAAUUUAUAUUAUUACUUUCGCAUAACCAUGAUGGGCUACUUCUGCCUUUAGUCAAAGGUGUAACGAUGGAUGAUCAAAUCAAUUCUAAUCCAAUGGAUAUGGGUUCAACCAGUACACAUCCUCUUCAAACUGAUUAUGUAUCUAAUAGCUUUCCUAUGAUUUCUGGUAUUAAUUCACUUGCUUGGAGUGUAUGUGAGGAUUCAAAUAGUCAGCACGAGGGGGGCUUAUUCAGAGAACUUCUUUUCAUUGUUGGAGACCAUGAGUUGACGGUUCAUGCAUUUUGCCAACCCAAUGACUGCAACAAACCUGUUGAAGCUAUGUCAGAUGAGAAGAAUGAAGAAGGGAUAUGGGUGGAAUGGGGCCCAUCUACCUCAAGCGAUGCAAUGCAGUUAGAUGAGCCUGAUAAUGAUAGUGAAAAUAAGAAUGUUGAACAAAGGAGAUGGUUGAGAACUUUUCUUACUAAAGUCAAAAUGGUCAAAUCCGAAGGCAAGCUUUACAGCAGAUUUCCGGACAAGUCACAGUUUCCGUCUUCCAGUACAGUUGUUUCCUUUAACAUAUUUGAAAAUGAUUCUACAAUUCUGAGAUUCGUACUAGAAGGGAAUACCAAGUUAGAUCCUGAGGGUGAUGAGAUGAACAUUUCAUACAAAUGCUGUAGAGUGUUUGUUAAUAAUUCACAUGACCUAAUUGGGUUUGUUUUAACAUUCCCAUCUGUCUACUCUGAUAAUGAAUCUGAAAGAAAGCAAAUAAAAUUUUUACUAGUUGGUAGGAUAGUUAGCUGGGGCAUACAGUGGGUCAGCUCGGUGAAGCUUGAUGAGGAUGUAUAUAUGGUUCCUGUGGAUCAAUGGACAGACUUCAGUUUUUCUGAUAAAUAUCUUAUAUGUCUUAAUUCUGCGGGACAAAUAUAUUUUUUCAGCUAUAUAACUGGUGAAUACAUCGCAUGUGUCAAUCUCUUAGAGAUAUAUGGAUUAAAAAAGUUAUCCGAUAAAACCAGUGAUUCUGGGAAAGGUGUGUUUAGGAAACUUCUUGUUGCUUCACAUACAUCAUUGUUGGCUGCAGUCGAUGACUAUGGUAUAGUUUAUGUAAUUUGUGCCAGUGACCAUGUUCAAGGUAUAAAUAACUCAGUUAAGAAGUCUCUGCCACAAUUUCAAAAAUUAAGGUACCAGACAUUUGAUGGUUGGGAGGUUGGUGGUGCUGACAUCAGCCACCAGAUGUUAUAUGACAAUCUAUCUCCAGACAUAAGAUUUGUAAAGGAUAGAGGUUUUUCUAUUGAAAAUAUGCAAAGUAAUGAGUCAGGUAUCACUGGUUUCUCAGCUACUUUACAGAGAGUGGAACAUAAGAUCCACAGUUCUGAAAAGUUAACCUAUGCUUUGAGAAGUAUAUUUCUUCCAACAGAUAAACAUGAUAACGAUGAUAUUAUUUGUCUUUCUCCAUUUGGAAUCACUCGGCUCAGUAGAAAGUAUAGUACACUGAGAAUAGGGACUUCACGAAUUAUACAUACUAACAUGUAUGUAGAUUCAGCUACGAAUGAUGAAAAAGGCUCAAAUAGUGGAAGUCAGGAAGUUACUUUAGGAGAUACAGUUGGUUGCAUGUUCCAUGGAUGUGUGUAUCUGAUCACAUCAGAUGGUCUUUCUGUAGUUCUUCCCUCCAUAUCAGUAGCUUCUGGUUGUGUUCCUGUUGAAGCCAUUGGAUACCGCCAGAAUAGUAGUUGCUCGACAGAUCAACCUGUUAACCUCAUCGAAAUAAAAGGAUUGAAGCAACCCUGGCCAACUUGGAAAAUAGAGGUUCUGGAUAGAGUUCUUUUAUAUGAAGGCCAUAAAGAGGCAGAUCACUUAUGCUCCGAAAAUGGGUGGAACCUGAAGGUUUCUCGGAUUCGUCGCUUGCAACUGGCAUUGGAUUACUUGAACUAUCAGGAGAUUGAGAUUUCGUUAGAGAUGCUUGCUAGUGUGAGUUUGGCAGAAGAAGGUGUCCUGAGAUUGAUCUUUGCUGCUGUUUAUUUGAUGUUGAACAAAGGUGGAAAUGAUAAUGAUGUAUCUGCUGCUUCAAGGCUUCUGUCUUUGGGCACCCAUUUUUCUACCAAAAUGAUACGCAGAUACGGCUCAUUGCAGUAUAUGUCAAAUGGAAUUAUGUCAAGAAGUAUUCCGGGCAUGAAAGAUACUUCUCCCCCAUUGCUUUUAGCAGAUAAAGAACAUAGUGAAACUGAGAAUCUAAGAAGGCUACAGGAAAUCGCUCGCUUGCUGGAGAUUAUAAGAAACAUGCAAUGUAGACUUGCGACUAAAUUUAAGAAAUCUGUAACCCGCUUGAGGGAUGGUUUAAAACCAUUGGAAUUUGUGGAUUCGGAAAUACCACACGAUGAUCCAAAUCCCUCAUCGCUGGAAACAACAAAUGAACAGGAAAAGCAUGCUUUGAUAUCGAUGGAGUUAGUUGACUCAAGAUCCAAUUCAGAGUUAGAGAGCUUACGGGGAGCGUCUAUUCCUCAAGUAGAUACAAGUUUUUUAAAUAGGAGUGCCAUUCCAUUUGAAAAUCCUAAGGAUAUGAUGGCACGUUGGGAAUUAGAUAAUUUAGACCAAAAAAACAUAGUGAAAGAUGCAUUAUUAUCUGGUCGUCUUCCAUUAGCAGUUCUUAAAUUGCAUCUUUUUCGUCAAGAAGAUAUGGAUACUAACAAAGACCCUAAUGAUACCUUUGAGAAAGUUCGUGAUAUUGGAAGAGCUAUUGUCUAUGAUCUGUUUCUAAAGGAUGAUAUUGAACUUGGUGUAACCACGUUACAAAAGCUUGGAGAAGACCUGGAAAGCUGCUUAAGGCAGCUGGUUUUUGGGGCUGUAAGGAGAUCUCUUCGAAAGCAAAUAGCUGAAGUGAUGAAAAGUUAUGGAUAUCUUGGGCCUUAUGAGAUGAAGAUAUUGGAAAGGAUAGCGUUUAUUGAGGGGAUAUACACUUGCAGUAGUUUCUCUGGAACAUUCCAUGCCCAGCAAACUGAGAUAAUGGCAGUGAACAAUGUCAAUUCAACAGAAGAAAUCAAGUUGCCUCUGUUACAUUUACUAUCCAAUAACCUUAUGAUUGAGUGUGGUGAACUAGAUGGAGCUGUGUUAGGUUUAUGGAGGCACAUCAGCAAAAAUACGAAAGUUCCGGUGAUUGAUGACGAUGAUACCCAUCAUUGUUACUGGGCUGCAGCCGCAGUCUGGUCUGAUGCUUGGGAUCAGAGAAUCAUGGAUCGUAUAGUGCUAGACCGACUUUCUCUUGUGGAUCUCAAUGUCUCAUGGGAAUCACAAUUUGAGUACCACAUAUCCCACAGCAACUGGGAGGAAGCUCUCGGGCUUGUAGAUAUCAUUCCGUCAUACUCAUCAUCACUAGGAAAUCUUCAAAUUAGUUUGGAUGGUUUACCAAGUACUUCUGCUGUGAACAAAAGUGAAUUUAGUGAUUAUGGAAACUACAUAUAUUCUAUACAAGACUUGGAUGCUGUGUGCAUGGAUGUCCCAGAUAUCAGAAUACUAAGAUUUCCUACAAUUAAUACAUGCUCCAUGUGGUUAAAGUCACUUUUGGAAUCACAGCUCGCUAAGAAAUUCAUAUUUCUUAAAGAAUUCUGGGAGGGUACUGAGGAAAUAGUAUGUCUUCUGGCACGGUCAGGCUUUGUCACCAAUUCCAGUGAUCUAUCUUUUACCGAGCUAUCAAUAAAUGAGUCAGCAGAGUUGCCGUUAGCGAAAAUUGAUGAUGGCAUCAGCACUGUUGCUUUCCAGGGUCUGCAUAAGCUUUUUCUGCACCAUUGUAUUCAACUUAACUUGCCAUACCUGCUUGAUCUUUACCUUGAUCACCAUAAGUUGGCUAUAGAUCGUGAACCUCUUUUCGACUUGCUAGAAGCUACUGGAGAUUGUCACUGGGCAAAGUGGUUGCUCUUAUCAAGGGUCAAAGGAAAUGAGUAUGAGGCAUCAUUUUCAAAUGCUCGUGCAAUUGCAUCACAUAAUUUUUCUCUAGGAAAUACCCUUGGUGCGGUGGAAAUCGAUGAUAUAAUUCAUACAGUUGAUGACAUUGCUGAAGGAGCAGGAGAAUUGGCAGCUAUAGCCACAUUAAUGUAUGCACCUGUUCCUAUUCAAGAUUGCUUGAGUACUGGUAGUGUAGAUCGGAAUCGCAGCUCUUCGGCUCAGUGUACAUUAGAGAAUCUUAGGCCUGCCAUGCAACGGUUUCCUACGCUAUGGCGCACACUUGUAGCAGCAUGUUUUGGACAAGAUUCGAUCGGCAAUUAUAUUAGCUCUAGAUCAAAAGUGUUCGGAAAUUCUUAUUUAUCAGACUACCUGAACUGGCGUGACAAUAUCUUUUACUCUGCUGGACAUGAUACUUCACUCGAACAAAUGCUUCCAGGAUGGGUCUCUAAGGCUGUCCGGAGACUGGUUCAGCUUUAUGUACAGGGUCCUCUUGGUUGGCAAUCUGUACCAGGAUUGCCGGUGGAAGAAUCUUUGUUUCUUAGAGAUGUUGAUUGUAAUGAGCAAGCCAAGAUCAGCACGUUGUCCUGGGAAGCUGCUAUCCAGAGACAUGUAGAGGAAUUAUAUGGUUCUUCAGUAGAGGGAUCUGGACUUGGGCUUGAGCAUCACCUGCAUCGUGGUCGUGCCUUGGCAGCUUUUAUACAUCUCCUUUCUCUGAGGGUGAAAAAGCUGAAAUUCGAUUUUGAAACACGUCGACUGCAGUCAGAUUCAUCUGUAAAUGAGCAAUCAAAUAUUCAAUUUGAUGUUCAUACUCUACUUUCUCCAAUAACACAAGAGGAAGAGUCUCUUCUUUCAUCUGUCAUGCCUCUUGCGGUUAUGCAUUUUGAAGAUUCUGUGUUGGUGGCUUCUUGUGCUUUUCUUUUAGAGCUAUGUGGAUUAUCUCCCACCAUGCUUCAAGUGGACAUUGCAGCUCUGAGGAGAAUAUCUUCUUUCUCUAAAUCUGCUGAUUAUACCGACAAAUCUGUGCAACCUUCAUUUAAGGGCUCCACAUUUCUUUCAACAUCUCUUGAAGAUGAUAUAACUGGUUCUCUGGCUCGAGCAUUGGCCGAAUAUUAUUUGAAAAAUUAUAAUACUGGCAUUGUGAAAGAAAAAGAUAAAGAGAAACAAGCCACUCGAGCACUUGUGCUUGUCCUUCAGAAUUUGGAGAAGGCAAGUCUCCCAUCACUGAUUAGUGGAGAAACAUGUGGAUCUUGGCUAAUGAGUGGAAAUGGUGAUGGAGCAGAGUUAAGGUCACAGCAAAAAGCUGCAAGUCAGCACUGGAGUUUGGUUACAGAUUUCUGUAGAAUGCAUCAGAUCACCAUGAGCACGAAAUAUCUGGCAGUGUUAGCUAAAGACAAUGACUGGGUUGGAUUUCUGUCAGAGGCUCAAAUUGAAGGACAUCCUCUUGACACUGUCAUUCAAGUGGCUUCGAAGGAGUUCAGUGAUCCUUGUCUUAAGGUUCAUAUUUCAACAGUUCUCAAAGGAAUGCAGUCACGAAAAAACUCCCCUUCCUCCUCAAACUCCAGUAGCACAAAUAAAAAGAAUGAAUCUUCAUUUAUGGAAGAUAAUGAUUACAUUCCUGUUGAACUUUUUGGUAUCAUAGCUGAUUGUGAGAAGCAGAAAAAUCCUGGAGAGACCCUCUUGUUAAAAGCAAAGGAUUUGUGCUGGUCAGUUUUAGCAACAGUUGCUUCAUGUUUUCCAGAUGUAUCUCCAUUAUGCUGCUUAACAGUUUGGCUAGAGAUAACAGCAGCAAGGGAAACAUCAUCUAUCAAGGUGAAUGAUAUUGCAUCUCAGAUAUCCAGUAAUGUUGCAGCAGCUGUGGAAGCUAACAAUCUAUUGCCGGUGACUGCUAGAGCCCAAACACUUCAUUAUAACCGUAGGAAUCCCAAACGUAGGCGGCUAAUGGAAUCCGAGCCUGUUGAUACAUUAGCUUCAAAAGGAUCUGACGUUUCUACUGCUUCCAGCAACACUAGCAUAUUCAUUGACCAAAAUAUCAUUUCUGGAGAAGAAAGCAACGAAAUGGCCGAUGAGAAUAAAAUUUCAACAGAAUCUGAUAAAGUGUUUACCUCUUUAUCCAAAAUGGUUGCAAUACUUUGUGAGCAACGUCUAUUUCUUCCUUUGCUAAGAGCUUUUGAAAUGUUCCUUCCAUCAUGCUCACUACUGCCCUUCGUCCGUGCUCUUCAGGCAUUCUCCCAGAUGCGUCUGUCGGAAGCUUCUGCUCAUCUAGGGUCGUUUUCUGCAAGAAUUAAGGAAGAACAUCCCAGCAUACAAACAACUUCUGGAAAAGAUGGGUGCAUUGGGAGUUCGUGGGUAAGUUCCAUUGCAGAGAAAGCUUCUGAUGCAAUGCUUAUGACAUGUCCAUCUCCAUAUGAAAAAAGAUGCUUAUUGCAACUACUAUCCGCCACCGACUUUGGUGAUGGGGGAUAUGCCAUGUCAAACUACCGAAGGAUGUAUUGGAAGAUUAAUUUAGCAGAGCCUUUGUUACGUAAAGAUGAUAUUUUACAUCUAGGGAAUGAAUCUUUGGAUGAUGAUUCACUUUUAACUGCCUUGGAAACAAAUGGGCACUGGGACCAGGCACGCAAUUGGGCCAAACAGUUGGAGGCUAGUGGUGGGACUUGGAAGUCAGCUGGACAUCACGUGACUGAGACACAGGCUGAAUCAAUGGUGGCAGAGUGGAAAGAGUUUCUUUGGGAUGUCCCUGAAGAGAGGGUUGCACUAUGGGGCCACUGCCAGAUGCUCUUUCUUAGGCAUGCUUUUCCUCCGCUUCAGGCCGGAUUAUUUUUCCUGAAACAUGCGGAAGCUGUGGACAAAGAUCUUCCGCCUAAGGAACUGCAUGAAUUGUUGCUUCUUUCUCUCCAGUGGUUAAGUGGGACAAUUACUCAGUCUGCUCCAGUGUACCCGCUACAUCUUCUGAGGGAACUUGAAACUAGAGUAUGGCUAUUGGCAGUAGAAUCAGAAGCUCAAGUCAAGAGUGAAGGGGGAUUGACCCUGAACAAUCCCAGUAGAGAAGUGGGAUAUGGAAAGGCAUCAAGUAUUGUAGACCAUACUGCAAGUAUUGUAUCAAAAAUGGACAAUCAUAUUAACUCAGUGAAGAUAAGGAACGAGAGAGACCAUAAUUUGGCACAUAAAAGAAGCCCACAUCUCGUAGAUGCAGCCACUUCUAGUAGCUCAGGAGCAAACACAAAAUCAAAACGUAGGGCGAAAGGCGUUGUGCCAUCACGAAAGCCUUUUGUUGAUGUUGAAAAAGCUGCUGAUUCUGAAGAUACUUCUCGAAUGGAAUCCUUGUCAAGGUGGGAAGAAAGCAUUGGACCUGCUGAGCUGGAGAGGGCAGUUCUUUCUCUGUUGGAGUUUGGGCAAAUAUCAGCUGCAAGGCAGCUCCAGCAUAAGCUAUCUCCGUCACAUUUACCAUCAGAGUUCACUCUUGUGGAUGCAGCGCUGAAGCUUGCAGCUAUCUCAACUCCUAGCAACAAAGUAACGGUUUCCAUGUUAGAUGAUGAAGUGCGUUCUGUAAUUCAGUCGCACAACCUACCAGUUGACAAUCAACUUGUUGAUCCAAUGCAGGUAUUGGAAAGUUUGACGACCUUUUUCGUAGAUGGUAAAGGGCGUGGAUUGUGUAAAAGAUUAAUGUCUGUGGUGAAAGCUGCGAAUGUUUUGGGUCUUUCAUUUUCAGAGGCAUUUGAUAAGACUCCCAUUGAACUGCUACAACUGCUUUCUCUUAAGGCGCAAGACUCGUUCGAGGAAGCAUAUCUCUUAAUUCAAACUCAUUCCAUGCCAGCUGGUAGUAUUGCUCAGAUCCUUGCAGAAUCUUUUUUAAAGGGGUUAUUAGCUGCACAUCGUGGUGGUUAUAUUGAAUCUCAAAAGGAGGAAGGCCCUGCCCCUUUAUUGUGGAGAUUUUCUGAUUUCCUGAAGUGGGCUGAGCUGUGUCCGUCAGAAUCAGAAAUCGGUCAUGCUUUGAUGCGUUUAGUGAUUACUGGACAGGAAAUACCACAUGCGUGUGAGGUUGAGCUUCUUAUUCUAUCACACCACUUCUACAAGUCGUCCGCUUGCCUUGAUGGUGUUGAUGUUCUUGUGGCCCUAGCAGCAACCAGAGUAGAUGCAUAUGUUUCUGAAGGCGAUUUCCCAUGUUUGGCCCGCCUAAUAACAGGAGUUGGAAAUUUUCAUGCCCUCAAUUUUAUUCUUGGAAUUCUUAUUGAAAAUGGGCAGUUGGAACUUCUCCUUCAGAAAUACUCAGCUGCCGCUGACACUCACACUGGCACCACUCAGGCUGUCAGCGGAUUCCGUAUGGCUGUUCUCACAUCACUCAAGCAAUUCAACCCUAAUGAUCUCGAUGCAUUUGCCAUGGUAUAUAAUCACUUUGAUAUGAAGCAUGAAACAGCUUCCCUACUCGAAUCACGGGCUGAACAAUCAUAUCACAUGUGGUUUCAUCGUUACAAUAAGGAUCACACAGAAGACCUCUUGGAUUCGAUGAGGUAUUAUAUUGAAGCUGCUGAAGUUCAUUCUUCCAUUGAUGCUGGUAAGAAAACCCGUGCUGCUUGUGCUAGUGCAUCUCUCGUUUUACUUCAGAUUCGGAUGCCCGAUUUCCAGUGGCUCAGUUUAUCUGCUACCAAUGCACGACGGGCUCUUGUGGAACAAUCCCGUUUUCAAGAAGCCCUAAUUGUUGCUGAAGCAUAUGGGCUGAAUCAGCCUGGUGAGUGGGCGCUGGUUCUCUGGAAUCAGAUGUUAAAACCCGAGCUUACUGAGCAGUUUGUAGCAGAGUUUGUGGCAGUCCUCCCUCUUCAUCCCACCAUGCUUGCCGAAAUCGCACGGUUCUAUAGAGCUGAGGUGGCAGCCCGUGGGGAUCAGUCUCAGUUCUCUGUUUGGCUGACAGGUGGAGGGUUACCUGCUGAGUGGGCAAAGUAUCUAGAAAGAUCAUUUAGAUGUUUACUAAAGAGGACAAGGGAUCUACGGCUGAGAUUGCAGUUGGCAACAGUAGCUACAGGAUUCACGGAUAUUAUUAAUGGCUGCUUGAAAGCAUUGGAUCGAGUUCCUGACAAUGGUGGGCCCCUUGUGUUGAGGAAAGGGCAUGGUGGCGCCUACCUUCCAUUAAUGUAAAAAAGUAGAAUAUCUACAAUCUGUAAGGUGGUGGAAAAUUUUGCCGGGAAAAAGGUUAGUUGAUUAGAUUUGGAGUUUUGAUGCAUCACUUUUUUUGACCUUUUAGAGGGCGGCAUUCGCUCACAGGAAAACACAGAUAUAGUCGACAGAGGAAAAUGUUUGUGACGAUUGUUUAGGUGUGUCUUUGGUUGAGGGAGUGUCUAUUUGUGUUUAGUUGGUGUAUAAUUCUUUUUGUAACAAAUGUACAUUGUAGCAUUUAGUGCCGGUUGUACAAUUUCUUUAAAUCUUAAAAACAUACAAGAUUAUGGUGCGCUUUGCUA